CAGUGUGGCAUUAUGUGUUUACGGAGGUUGAACUAUGACAGGAAAGAACUAGAGAGGAGAAGAGAUGAAAGUCAAAAUGAAAUUAAAGAUGUCAUUGUCUGGAGCAAUGACCGGGUCAUCAAUUGGGUAUUGUCCAUUGGACUUAAAGAAUAUGCAAAUAAUCUUCUAGAAAGCGGUGUUCAUGGUUCUCUGAUUGCCUUAGAUGAGACAUUUGAUCAUAACACAUUGGCUUUGCUGCUACAAAUCCCCACUCAGAACACACAGGCACGUGCAACACUAGAGCGGGAAUUCAAUAAUCUUCUUAUAAGAGGAACAGAUAGAAGAUUUGAUGAUGAUGACGAUAAAAGCUUUAGACGGGCCCCAUCGUGGCGAAAGAAAUUCCGACCAAAGGAUGUGCGAGGAUUGAGCGCCGGCUCUGCGGAGACACUCCCUGCCAACUUCAGAGUCAACUCUUCAAUGUCUUCUCCUUCUAUGCAGCCAAAGAAAAUCCAGAUGGAUGGU